CCUGGCUCCCGCGGCGCUGGCCUGAGCCGCCCCGUCCCCUCGCCCGCGGCCGGCGGACGAUGAAGCAGCAUGAGGAUGUGUGACCGAGGCGUCCAGAUGCUGGUCACCACCGUGGGCGCCUUCGCAGCCUUCAGCCUGAUGACCAUCGCGGUGGGCACGGACUACUGGCUGUACUCGCGCGGCGUGUGCAGGACCAAAGCCUCGAGUGACAACGAGACCAGCCGGAAGAACGAGGAGGUGAUGACCCACUCGGGCUUGUGGAGAACGUGCUGCCUAGAAGGAACGUUCCGAGGAGUGUGUAAAAAAAUCGAUCAUUUCCCAGAAGAUGCGGAUUAUGAGCAAGACACGUCCGAGUACCUCCUACGUGCCGUGAGAGCAUCCAGCAUCUUCCCCAUCCUGAGCGUGGCCUUGUUGUUCUUUGGGGGCCUGUGUGUGGCCGCCAGUGAAUUCUACAAGAACAAACACAAUGUGAUUCUCAGCGCUGGGAUCUUCUUUGUCUCUGCAGGUCUCAGUAACAUAAUCGGGAUUAUAGUCUAUAUCUCUGCAAACGCUGGGGACCCGGGGCAAAGCGACUCCAAGAAGAGCUACUCGUACGGCUGGUCCUUUUACUUUGGCGCCUUGUCCUUCAUCAUUGCCGAGAUCGUGGGGGUGAUCGCUGUGCACAUGUACAUCGAGAAGCACCGCCAGAUCCGCGCCAAGUCCCACUCUGAGCUCCUGAAGAAGUCGGCCUUUUCUCGCCUCCCCACCUACCGAUACCGGUUCCGCAGGCGAUCCAGCUCCCGCUCCACAGAGCCCAGGUCCAGGGAUCUGUCUCCUGUCAGCAAAGGGUUCAGCACUAUCCCCUCCACCGACAUCUCCAUGUUCACCCUCUCCAGGGAUCCUUCCAAGGUGACCAUGGGAACGCUGCUCAACUCGGAGCGGGAUCACACUUUUUUACAGAUCCAUAACUCCAUCCCCAAAGAGUUCAAGGAGUCAUUGCACAACAACCCAGCCAACAGACGAACCACACCGGUCUGAGCCAGCUCCUCCCCACGCCACUUAGGCGCUGAGCCAGCCAGGGAAGUAGGGAGAGGCGUUUUGUCUGGCUGCAUGACAUGAUCCUUGUGAUGGUAUUACCAGUGAAGCUCUGUUUUUAAAGAACAAACCUAAAUGGCUUCCUGUCCCACCCCACCCUUUAAAUGCCACUUGCCAGGCUAGGCCACUGUGUUUAUGAUUGAACUGUAUUUGGGCCCCAGAAUCCCACCCCUUUUCCUUCUGUGGUUGGAAAGGGACAUCGCCUUUGCUGUGACUCACUGGGAGCAAGGCCCCUGAGGACUGGCAGGGUGGUUUCGAGUGGCCUCUGGGACAGUGACUUCUCAAAGUCACCUUUGUUCAUGUUGAUCAUAACAAUCACAGUGUUACCUUCGCUGUAUGUCCCAAUGGCAACAUUGGACACAGCCUUGUUUGUGAGAACCAUUAACCUGAUAGUUACAUUUAUGCGAAAUUGCCUAGAAGUUCAGGGUAUGAAGCACUGAGUCGGCUCACGUACUGAGUGCUCAUGUGGCUAAAACAUUUUGCCUUGUUGUAAUGGAUGGAGUGUUUGGGUCUGGGUUUCUUUCUGGCAUUUCGUGCAUGCAUUAAAUAGCUUGGAAUCCAAUUUCUUCAUGUUGGGUUGGAAGAAACAUCCUUUCAGUAAUUUUCUGUGGUUUUGGAAGGGCUUUUGGGGGUGUGUAGGGAGGCAGAGUGCAUUCCAUUCAGAUCAUGUAAAUGGACUAAGAAGCAGAUUCCCUCCAAUGACUAGUAGCAACUAGACCGCAUUUGAUUACCCGCUGAUGUUAAACUGAAAGAAAUAGCUCCCUGAAAUGAACACACACACGCACAAGUGACUGUGUGGGCACAGUUAAGGAGAGGAUGUUUGGCCUAGUCUCAUUUCAGAAGCUGGGUUUGCAUCUGAGCCUCUGGCAGUGAUCUGCGUGUCACUGGUGUAUGAGUCUGUAAUGGAGAAUGUCUCAAUUGACUGGGAGAUUAAAGAGAAAAGUAAAAAUAAAAGUUUGGCGAAUCAGUUACUUGGCUAAAUAAGCAACUCCCUCUCACGCUGCUAUGAACAGCUGGGAAAUCAUGCAAUGUGUCAAACAAAGCACUUUACAAUACAGCCUCAAGCUUUCCUAUCAGCACUCCGAAAGGUGCAGCAAAGAGAAAGCAAAGGUGCAUGUGCUGGAAUGCAGGAACACUGCUCAGCAGCAGGUAAAUCAGCUUUACCAUCCCAGGAUGUGCACCCUCAGCUCUUCCAAGCUAAGCAUGGUGCUAGGCCUGCUCAGCGCUUGGAUGUGAGCCCACUGCAGCAUGUGGUGGUGGGGAGCCAGGACUUAUCAGCAGGUGGCUUCCUGUCUGGGCGCCGCUGUGCUGUUGCAGGUGCUGUACUUCGCACUAGGCUUAAAUUGGAGGUGGUGACCAUUGCUCAUCAGUAAAGAACCCAAGGCAAUUUUUGACAAGAGAGGGGAUUUUAAUCAUGGCAACCUGGCCAAAUUCCAUCACAUGCCGCCUCCUGACUUUCCCCUGCCGUUACAAUUAAACUAUCACAUCCUGCUCUGCACUGUUCUGCAGUGUUCCAUGCGCUGUUCAACAGCUGCCUUGUGCUGCCAAAGAGGUGGCUGCUUUUCAGGGAUGGGUGUAACAAGCUCUGUACAUACACAGUCUACAGUGUGCUCUGAGUGCCCUAUGGGGCAGAAGCCACUAUAGGGAAGUAAGAUUUAUUCUGAAGGAGUGAAGAACUGCACACUGAAGUAUUUCAUUAGCAAAGCCCCGUCAGGCAUAGCUUCUGAGCAUUUGUUCCUGGCUCCUCUCAGUGGCUGAAGAAGUGCUGUACACGAAAUAGAUACGCUGCUUUGGCAUGGCUGCUUCUGUGCAGCUAUGCUUGUGUGACACCGAUCGUGCCUGCACUCUGUGCACUGCUGGAAGUGUAGACACAGCCUGAGGAUCUCAAAGGGCACCUCAAGCAUUAACUGUAAAAUCCCCCCAGCUCCUUGUGGGACAGGUAUCUUCCACUGAGGCAUCGGGAGGGUAGCGACUUGCCCAAGGUCACUCAGCAAGUCAGUAGCACAGCUGGGCAGGGAACCCCUGUGGUGACCACUGGACUCACUGCUGUGGAGACUCAGGAAAGCAACUGCCAAAAAGCAACAGUGUGAGGACCUGUUUAGACCAGGAGUCUCCUCAGCCCAGCAUUGCUGCCUCUUGUGCUGAAUGCCUGUCACCUGCUCCUCCCGCUCCAGCUUUGGGGCAUUUAGUCAGGAUACAGGUAGUGAACACCUUCCCCCCACCCAUCCCUGCCCCAGCAAGCAACCCCCCCAUCUGCCCACCACAGAAAUAUAUGUAGGGUCAAUCACUGCACACAAGUCUGCUUCUUUAACCGAAAGUGGCCAAAUGCAGAGUCUGAAGUGCCAGGACACACCCGGCCGCUGCUCUCGCUGUUCUGGCCUGUCUGGAUUCCUCCGUCUCCAGGUCAUGGUCCCCUGGCAGCAGAGGCCACGGUGCCCAUGCUUGCUCGUUCCUUCUGGUGGCAGAAGGAAUGCCUCAAUUUUCACUGCUGGGGAACUCAGCCACUGAGCAAUGUCCAUUUACCUGCCAAGGACGAUGCAUGGCAGAGGACCAAUUGCAGCUGUGCGGGUUUCCUUUUGCUUUAUAGCAUGGACAUAAAUGUAUGCUGCAAAAAAAGUGUGGCUCCUUGCCUCUGAUGGUCUGGCCCUAGGUGUCAGCAUGCAGAUGCUUUACCCAGCCUGAACAACUGCAAAGCAGAACUGGAACAGGGCAUUGCCUGCUCUAAGGUCAGGCCAAAAUGACAUUUUUUCUAAAAGGUGCCAAGUCAGGAUGACCCUGGGACAUCCAGUCUGUCUGGGAGCAGGGUAGGGGACUGAAUACCCCCAGGCACUCCUGGCUUGGUUCCUUUGCAGAGGAAAUGCCAUGUUUGUAUGCAAUUGCAAAAUCAGCAGGGACCAAUUUUCCUGGCUUCACUUUAUCUGCUGCAUUUGACACAUUGCUGGGCUUAGAAGUCAGAAUUAGAGAGGGCCUCCUCUGAGCUGCCUUUGAAGGGAAGUGCUGGCUGCCUGCACAAUGUGACAGCUACAGGAAGGCAGGACUGGCCAAAAAAAAAGUUUAGUCGUUAAAUGUCAGGGCAUGUGUAUGCAGCCAGAGAAUGGGUUUGAAAUGAUCAGCCACCUUGUCUCGCUGAAGCAGAGAUCUUCUGAUGGAAGCAGUUUCCAAGCAGUUGGCCUCACAAUUUGUCAUGUCACUUAAUUGAAAUCUCAUUUAACCUUUUGACAAGCACGACGGGCCUGCUGGAGAGACUUUGUCUGGCGGUGGAGGGGAGGGGUCUAUAGGGCUUGAUUAGGCAGCCCAGAGAUCGUGGAUUACAGACGGAAUAUGUGCCAAUAGCAUUUUGGGGUGUAUUAACAGGAGGGUCAUGUGUAAGACAC